AUGAUAUCUUUUAUCAAAUCAAGGAGACAUUCAGCAGAUGGAAAUACUCCAAAGUCUCCCUCAAGCAGCCAAAAUAAUAUAUCAGAUAGAUCACCAACUAAUUACCAUGUACGAACAAACAGUGGGGUUAGUAGUGGGGAAACUAAUAGAAGUCUACCUAUUCAAAAUAGCUCACCUGUAUUAGAUUCCUACGUUUUGACAGCAUCUUCUCCUCCGCACCUUCAUAAUCAAAGUAGUACCACUAGUAAUAGUAGUAUUUAUAACCAUAACAGCAUGGCAGCUUCAAUAACCAGUUCUCCAGUUCAUAUGGCCAUUGAUAACGGUACCAGUUAUCAUGCUGAUAGAAAUAGUAACAGUAGUGGUAAUAGCGCUAAUAAUGAUAAUGCCAUUUCUGAAGAUUCUGGUGGUGAUAAUGAUUCCGAUGGCGAUAAUAACAGUAGUUUUAUAAAGACAUUGCAGUUCAAAAAUUUAGGGAAGCCUCCAAAAACUAAUUUUUUUCAUAGAUUUGCGAAAAGGACCUCUUUAAAGUCACCAUUAUCACCUGGUAGGUUAUCUCGUACUAACGUAACUGAAAGUGUAAUAACCACGAAUCCUGCUCCCGCUGUGACCACCACUAAUAUCAAUUCUCAAGUGAUACCCUCUGCAUUAACCAACACUUCUAAUAACGAAUUAAAUCCACCAUACACACCUUUGAAAAGUGGGAUUUCUCAAACUAUCUCGCCGUUCACCUCACCCAAAAUGAAUGUAAAUAAUGAUAUUUUACCUUCCAUCCAGGGAACUAUAUCCCACGAGUGGGGUGCUCCAAGGAAAAGCUCGCCCAUUAUUUUAAGUAACAAGCAAUCUAGUGAUGGAACUACCUCGAAUUCAACAGGUGUUUCUGAUACUAAACACGCUACGAACACAUACAUGUUUGGAGAAGAAAAAUUACCGAUGAUGGAAUAUGAUGUUAAUAAUGAUGAAGAAUUUGGUAAUUUGAAAAAAAUAUACCACAGUAGUGAUAGUACUGAUAAUGGUACUAAAGUAAAUUAUAAUAACAACAACAAGAUUUAUACCUAUGAAUAUGAUGAUAAUGAUAAUACUGAAAUUUUGAAGUCACCUCUAGCGCAAAGAUUAACGAAUAACAAUAGAUUGAAACAUCUUAAACAAAAUAAUAGAGCCGUCAGAAUUCUUUCUCAGGAUGACUUGGUCAAGUUAAGUUCUGAAUACAAUCCGAAAUUAUUGAAUGAACUGUUAUCACAAAAUAAACACAUAAUUACGCCAAUAUCGAAAAGUUCAAAAUCACCUGUUUCUUCACCCAAUAAAGAUGAUAUUAUGGAAAUUGUUGAUAGUAUUCCCGGCACCAAUAUUAAAGUGGAUAUAGUACCAGGGGCUAAAGAUACAACGAGCUUAGAAGAUCAAAAACUAAAUUUGAAUGUAAAACAGGUUGAGUUUAAAACACCUAUAUCAGAUGGCAGAAAUUCCAUGAACGCAAACAAUAAUGAUAGCGAGUUUGCCAAGUUUGAUGAUGACAGUGAUGGAAAAGCAGCGUCUCUAACAUCUGAAGCUGAUAAUGACAAUAGAAGUAGAAGCAGUAGCAGUGGUAGUACUACCUCUUCCAAAUUUUCAUUUGAAUUUAAUAAAACAUAUGGCAGAAAAUCAUCUGUAAGAUAUUAUGCUAAAGAGACCGCUGAUGAAAAAGAUUUGCAGGACGGAGCACAAAAUAUUUAUAUUGAUGAUAUUUAUGAAGAUGAAGACUUUGAUGAAGAUAUGAAUUUUUUUGAUGAAGAAGAUGCGGAAGAUGAUGAUCAUUUGUACAAUAUUACGAAUCGGUCUAAUGAUAAAAAUGCUAACUAUAAGUCCAGGAAAACUACUGGUUAUAACGAUAUAAGUUUCUUGUCUGAUGAAGAUGAGAUACCUGAGUCAAAUAAAGAGAGUGACAGGCAUUCUAAGAAUCUCAUCAACAAUUCGAAAUACAGCGACAUUGAUGAUAUAUCUUCUGUAGAAAGUUAUGAGUCUGUGAGGAAGACAGAUUUAAGCUCUAUUCAUGAUUUAACCAUUACCGACUCAUAUCUAGAAAAUACUGUUAUGAAAAACAAGCCGGUUGUUGUAAAAUCCGGUGUUAAAAGCUACAAUGAUCUAUUUGCUUUGUCAGAUGAUGAUAAUUUUAGUGAGGAAGAGGAAGGUGACGUUGAAUUUAAUGCUACAAAAAUAUUAGACACAAAAAAAGUUUCUAAUAAUGCAGAAAGUGAAGGGGAAGGUGAAAAGUCGGUACGCUCCUUAAAUGAAAUUACUGAUUCUGAAAAUUUGAAAGUUGGAAUAGAGGAAGUUGGCAAGAAUAAAUUUAAUGCAGUGGCUAAUAUCUCGUCCAAUCUCAGGAAGGUGACUAAUUUUAAUGAUUUGCUUGAUAUUCGUUCUGAUGUAGAAUUUUCUGAGUUUUCAGAUGUAGAACAGGGGAGUAUUUGCCAUUCAUCACCAAUAUUGCCACGAAAAUCAUCAAAAAUUGUAUCUAAAGAUGAUUUGCCUAUUAGCUUAACCAUCAAAAAAACUGCUAAAGUGAAUACUGCGCAGGAAAAAAACGAUGUAGUUGAAAAAAGUGUUGGAAAAAAUAAAAGUAAAGAUACAAAAGUUAAAAAAUACAAAGAUUUGUUUAAUUUAAGUGAUGAUGAAGUAGAACAAGAUGAUGAUGGUGGUGGUGGUGGUGGUGAUGAUGAGUGCGAUGAUUAUGAUAGUGAUGGUGAUGCAAUUACAAAUUAUAUGCAUAAUAAAAGUUAUCUGGGUAUUAACACUUUACAAUCUAAAAGAUCAAGUUGUGAACUUUCUGAUAAAGAACUGGAUGCAUUACCGCCGAUAACAAUGGCUUCUGGUAAUUCGUAUCCACUUAAUACGCCAAUUACACCAAGAGCAACAUCGCCAUUGUGUAAUAAAUAUGGAAUGUUGAGCAAUACUUGUAGCAUGAAUAAUUCUGUUAAUAAUGCUGCAGAUAAUAACAAUAAUAACAAUAAUUUACGAACUCUACCGUCUCAUUCUUUUAAUAAAACUUUUGGAACAACAUUGGAUGCCUCUACUUCCACAAUUCCCCCUUUAAACUCUGGACUGGGAUUGGUGCAGUUACCCUCAAGCCCCAGCGCUAAUUUACCUCCAAAUACGAUUUUAAAGUACCAUGAUAUUAAUUGUAACCUGGAUUCUGAAAUUUCGAAAUCGAUGGGAGAUCUCUUUUUUAUAGACGAAGAAAAUGAAGAUGCUAACAGUGAUGAAGAAUUGCAUAUUUCUUCUGGGGAGGAUACUGAUUUACUUGCUGAUGCCAAUAUCAUUGGUACAGAUAAUGUUAAAAAAAGAAGUGAUAAAGUGUUUUUGAAAAAUAAUUUGACAAGAAAAGAUGAUAAUGAUAAUGAUAAUGACGACGAAUUUCUGGAUGAAAUUAAUAAUGUUCCGGAAGACUUUAAUUUUAGUGACGAUGAAAUGAAAAUUGGUAGUGAUGGGAAAUUUUUAAACAACAAAAGGAAAGAUAGCUUCAAAACUACACAUAGCUAUUCUGAAAAGCCACUGAAUGUUGCUAGAAAUAAUAAAACAAUGAGUAAUAAGGUGGAGUUGAAGAAUAAAACAGUCACGUUUUUUUAUAAUAGCCAUAGUGAUUCUUUAUCAUAUUUACCGUCAAACCCUACUCCCAUUGAUAGUACUAGUAUAAAUGACAAUAAUUCAACGCAAUUGCUGGCACCUGUUUUACAGAAAUCAUUAUGUGAACCAAAUACUUCUAAAAACUUGUCAACAAAAGAUUCACAAGCUUCACCUAACAAAGACUAUUAUAAAAAUCUGAGAACUCCGUCUGUUUUCUCUGAGGCUAGCUCUCUAAGUCCAAUACAAGAGGGUUAUAGUUCUGUAGAAGCAUCACCUAGGAAAUAA